GGAUCAUGAACAAUGGCGGAAUCAGAUGUGUCGGCAGUAAAAGUCUACAAUUAUAUUUGUGGAAACGGUGGAUUUGCGGAGUUUUCGCAGCUGCUAAAACAUCCGUCGCCUUUGUCUAAAAAGCCCGAUGAAGAUUCAGUAAGGUAUUGGUUUAAAAUACAGAAAUUGUCAGGUUCUUUUGAUUCUGAUCACGCGCUUGUGAUCACUACAAACCAACAUGGACGAGGCAUUGGUAUCCGAAUCGACCUGAAAAAACAGAUGUGCCUGAGAUAUACUACCACAGGCGCUUGUCAUUUGGGAAAGCGCUGUAAAUUCUGGCAUAUUUGUAAAGAGUUUGUUGAGGGAACAUGCAAAGGAAUUAAUUGCGGGCGUUCCCACGAUUUUCACGACGAAGAUAACAAAGAAAAGACAGCCGAGCUAGGAUUUGAAAAGAAAGCUAGUCACGCUGUGAGAGGUAUCGUCGCUGGGAGCCUGCCGCAGGUUUGCCUUAGUUACUUGAAAAAUGAAUGUCUCGUAACCAGCAAUUGCCCUUAUCUACAUGUAUGUCCAAGUCAAGUCAGGGCUUUUCCUUGUGAAAUGAGCGCAGAAUGUUCACUCUCGCACGACUUCGCCGAUCCUCAUAACAAGAACAUUCUUGAACAGCACGGAUUUAGGCCUCCGCGAAAAUUAGAAAUGGAGGUGGUGCGAUGUAACAUUUUGUUUCCCAAGCAGCAGAAACCCAUUGAGGAUAACAAACGACUGUUGGAGUUAUCUCAGCGAGAAAAGCAGAUGGUGGGCGUGGGGCGACCGAAAGAAAACGAAAGAUCAAGCCAAAAAGCUAGAGCUGGCGAUACCAAAACCGAAAAUUUUGGUAGCGGUAAAAAUAAAACACCUUCCAAGGCAAAAACCGUUACAAAGCCAGUUACCCUUUCCGGUUUGAUUCAAGAAGAAGCAAACAAAUCAGUGCAAUUAUCAAAUGCUUCAACAAGAUUUCAACAAGCCAGAGUUGCCCCUGAGGCUGUUCUCGAUAAAGUAAUUAAUUAUAUAUGUAGCAAGGGGGGAUUUGCCACGUUAUCAGAUCUGCUGCACCAUCCAUCACCUCUUGCCAAAAAGUUUUCUUCGCCCGAACAGACAAUGGAUGCAAAGAUUUGGCUUCAAGUUCAGGCACACUCAGAUCUGAAUCCCAGGAUCAGUGUUUUGGAGAAUAAUGAUGGUGAAGUGUUAGGUGCACGUUUACAUUUGAAGGAAAAUAUAUGUUUGAGUUAUGCCUCAAAGGGAUCCUGUUCCAAGUCUUCUUGCCCAUUUUGGCAUAUCUGCAAGGGAUAUUUGGAGGGGAGAUGUACAGGUGAUUGUCAUCUCUCUCAUGAUUUCCAUGAUGAAGGUAACAUAAAUAAAGUAGAGAAGUUGGGUUUUGUCAAGCAUCCCAAUGGCACUAUAAGAAACUUUGCUGCCAACAGCUUGCCUCAAGUGUGCCUGAAGUACCUUGACAACAAGUGCUUUUCAAAGGGGUGUCCUCAUCUACACAUCUGCUCUCAUCCAAUUGUGUCAUGGCAAGGAAAUCCAUUUGCUUGUAACUGUGGCUUGUCACAUAAUGUUCUGGAUGACCAUAACUUAAGAAUUCUUAGGCAAUACAAGUUGGUGCCUCAGCCAGCCAAGACAAACAUAGUGCUCUGUAACAUCCUAAUUCCCAAGAAGCAAAGAGGCUUUGAAGAUGACAAAAAUAAUUUGGGUACUUCUUUGUCUUCCUUGCGGCAAACACGUCUAAACAAACCUGCUCCGCAAGUACCCCCUCUCAUGUCCUUACCAUUAAUUCAGCAGACUACAUCUGAUGUACAACAGCAGCAAGAUUCAAAGAAAGGUUCAGAAAAGAAAAAACGCAAAAGGCCAAAGUGGAGAAAAAAGAAGACCAGUGAACAUGGAGGACUACAAGUUACUGCAGAAUCCCAGGGUGAUGGAGAGGAAAGUCCAGACUCUGAUUCAGAUAAUGAAGACAUAGAUGAGAAACCAGAUCUUUACCCCACCUCCAAGUUCACUUUGAAUCCAAGUGAACAUGAGUUUACCAAGGGUACAGGGUUCCAGGAUCGUAGAAAUCAGAGGGAAGGCUAUUUUCCCAUGCAAAGUGAGAAGUCACAGCUUCCUAAAGGCCUAUGCCAAGAAAACUUCAUUCCAGAAAUCACUGCCAAUCAAGAUUUGGAGGAAAAUUUGAUUGACUUCUCUGGUGAUGACUGGCAGGGGGCAGAUACUGCAGUCGAUGAUCUCUUCACCAAUGACUUGCUUUCACAAGUUGAGGAUAUUUUCUUUGAUGACUGGUUUGGACCUUCAAAUGCGGCAAGCUCUUUGUCUCAGGGCAGUGAAUGUUCCUCCACAUCUGACCAGAGUACGGCCAACUCAGAAACUGCUCACUCAGAUAAAUCAACAGCAAAUUUGGUUUUUGAAUUCAUUCUAAGAGAGCACAAUGGCCAAGUACCAUUUUCAGUGAUUUCUGAGAAUGAGGAAUUGUUUCCACCAGAGAUAACUGACAUUGGUGCAUGGUUUAGAAAGAACAGAAACAGAUUCGUAACCAUCGAGAACAAGCGUGGGGGAAUUGAAGCUAUCAGAGCAUUUAAUCCCAAGGCAAGCAUUUGUUUUCGUUAUCUGUUGACCAAGAGGGGCUGUAGAGAUCCCAAGUGCUUCCGUUAUCAUGUUUGCAAGCAUUAUCUUGCUAACGGCAUCUGUCCAUUUGGUAAAAAAUGCAGGCACAGCCACAGCCAUAAUUUAAGAAGCCCACACAAUAAAAACAUCACAAGACAACUGAAACUUGAUGAACACUCCCAGGAGCAGCUGCGCAUUCUGAUUGCUGCAUCAGUCCCUGAGGUUUGCCUUGAAUACAACAGUCGGUCCUGUCAACGGGGUUUAAGAUGCAAUGGUAUACACAUCUGCAAGUAUUUUGUGAUGAAAAACUGCCGUAGAGGAGAUGAGUGUCCCUUGGGCCACAAAUCUAGCCUUGAAACACCAGCAGCUAAAUUGGUAUUGGGCAGAUACAAUUUGACCAAAGUUCCACCCCAAGCUGUUUUGAGUGCGCUGUUGGUGCGUGACCUGCCUUCACCUAUAAACACCAUUACAGAGCUCCCAGCUGGUAUGUAAUACUGGAUACUAAGGCCAAGUUAAAAAUAAGAACAAAUGUUUCUUGUCCCCUACUGAUUUAUUUUUGGGCCGCCUCUCUUUUUUGUUAUUACUUUGUUGUUGCAAAAAUCCGAACACGGCCUUAUUUUCUUUUCAUAAAAAGAAGAUUCCUGUACUGGCAUUUUUAAUACAUGCUUCCUAUUGAGAUAUAUUGUAUGAUGCAUCACAAGUCACUGUUAAAAACACAUAUCAAAACAAACUGCAUUUGAGUUUAACAGUCAAUAUGAAUUUGAAAUUUCAUUUUGUUAAUAUUUGACUAAGAACUUCAACUAAUUCUUUGGGGGGUAAUGAUUUGUAAAGAAAGCAUUCAUUUGGCAAUAAUAAUAAUAAUAAUAAUAAUAAUAAUAAUAAUAAAAGGGAAAUAACAAAAAAGUACCCGCCUGCUUUCUUUGUUUUAGAAACCCGGAUGAGAAACAAGUGUCUUUUGCUGGACCUAAUAACUGUAAAUUAUGAUCAAAAAUAAUACGUUUCACAUUCACCAGGGUUUUCAAUUUAUUAAGCUUCAAACAUGAUAAAUCAAAUUCAUUGCAUUACAUUAUCUGUUUCAUAUUCCCUAAAAUCACUGUUACAGCGCAAUUGUGCAUUGUAGCCUGGUGUUAUUGAAAAGAAGUUGCAGUGUCAGAAUAAAUAAUAGCCUGCAAGCAGGCUCUCUGGGGUGCUCUGGCAUUGGGGCAGGAAAAGGAAGGAGAGCUUACAACUACAUCUCUGGAAUUUGAAUAUCUGCAUCGAAAAAGUCUAUGCAAAAAUGCUGAUUGGCGGAUAUGACAUUAGUAAUGAUGUCAUUACCCUUGGCACAUGUUUUUCCAUGUUUGCAUACAUUCGCACUCAUUUCCACUUCGCGUUGUUUGGCUGAAAUCUGACAGCUCAGUUGUCAGGGAGCCACAGGGGAAUUGGAGGUGGAGUUCAUAUUCCAGAGACGUAGUUGCAAGUUCUCCUUCCUUUUCCCGCCUUGCCGUCAGAGCACCCCGGAGAGCUCGCUCACAGGCUAAAUAAAUAAUUUAUUACCUACACAGUCAAAACAAUGCCAAUUUUACUUUUGUCUCGUUUGACAGUACAAGUUGCACAUGAGAGGAAAUCAGCAACAUGCCGGCCACAUUACAUAUGUGUGGAUAAUCUGCUGGGUCAGUGUAGCAAACAGUCUCUGUGUGACCAAUCACACCGCAGUAGACCCUAUAUGUGGCAGUACAAGUACAAGGAUUCUACUACUGAGAGCCGGAUUGGCAACUCUUGGAAGUCUUUUACAGAGAGUGAAAAUGAGGCUAUUGAGAGGCAGUUCUGUGAUGUUAACAUAACUGUGGCAAGGAUGGAAGAUAUCAUGAUAUCAACACCACCAGAUGUACUGUAAGUGCACAUGUUUUAUAAUUUGUAUCUGUGUCAAAAACAGUUCUAGAUUUGGACUUGGCCAUCCAUGGUCCUACAUGUACAGAUAGAUACACGUAGAUCUAUAGAAAAUAAGUGUGGCUGGCACAUAUACUGUAAUUAUUGAAACAGGAGAAAAAAUACUACAAAAUAAGAUGUGUCAGUAUUAUUUGCGAAAACAUUGUUCAGUGAUUUUGUUACAAAAGAUUAUGGUGAGUCCUGGGACUCAUCUUGCAAAAAAAAAUUGAGAGUCCAAGUGCAGAACCAUUGAGUCCCAGUUCAAAAAACAAUGACUCAUAAACUGAUUUUUUGGGGGCCUUUAUGUAACCAUGCAGACAAUUUAUCUGACGACAAAUUCCAAAACUGAUCAAAACUCUGUGCUACGGUUUAGUGGAAUAAAAAAACUCCUUCUAUUGUUAAACAACAGCUGCAAGAACAGCCACAGAAAUCACAUGAACUCGAUAUUCUACAAAAACAUCUUCAGAUUAACUGAUCGAUCUUUGCAUUGUACGGGACGCAUGCCAUGAAUAAUUAUUUUGCGUCUUUGGCACUUUUUAUGCAUCAGGGAUGCAGGAUGCAGAGGUAACAAAAUCACUGAUUGUUGUUGUUGUUUUUUAGUAAAUGGGUAUUUGAAAGUAUUGUUGUUCUACCUUACAUUGUGGUCAAUCAAUUCAGACUAAGAAAAAAGUUACCAGUGGAUCCCAUGCUCGCAUAAAUCCAGUCUAAUGUUAACCCCACUAUAAUCUACACUACACUGCAUGACUUAUCGUUUUUGGCUUUUGGUUUGUUUGUUCUUUUUGUUUUUUUUUCCCUUGGAGGAUUACAACCUUGAUUGUUCUAUUUAUGUGUUCUUCUUGUACAGCAUUGAUCCUGGUAAUGGGGAGAUUGUAAUAAACUUUGAUGACAUGAAAGCUACAACCAGUUUUGGAGAUGUUCACUUGAGACGCCUGUCUACUAAGUCAGCGGUUUUGCCUACUGAUCAUGCUCUAUCAACUCAGUGGAUUUGGUACUGGCAGGAUGAGACCAAAAGUUGGAAUGAGUAUGGCUCUGAACCAAUGGUAUGUUGAGGGUGACGUGAGGGUGUAGUUUUAGUUUUGGGAAAAUUGUAUUUAACACUGCAAUAUUGUGGUUUAAGAAGACUAAACAGUUGAUAAUUUUAGUCUUGUUUUGUUUAUUUUAUCAAAUUAUUUUGAUGCAGUAUGGCAGAUUUUCUCAUUUCUCCUUUUUCUGUGGAGAAUUCAACACCUCACCCCUUAUACCCCCUCUAUGCUGGUGUAAUAACCACUGCAUAGUGAGUCCCAAGAGGAAUCCAUUUUUUUCUUUGGUAUAGUGAGUCCCCAGCAGAAUCCACUGCACAGCGAGUUCCAGUCACAAAAAGGUUUCAUCAACAUAAUUCGGUAGUGACUUAAGCAUUUUGAACCUUGCUGCACUGUUGGUUGAUUUCAAUCCCAGAAAUUAAAUUUUAUGAAAAAACAUUGUAGAUGCCUGCACACAUGUAGGCCACUCGUAGAUGGUAAAUAGUGAAAUUACAUACCCUGUUUACUACUCAAGACCCUCGAAGCCAUACCCUGUUCUGCUGCCCAUACCCCUUUUGGCUGAAUUAGGGAGUUCAUUCCCCCCCCCCCCUUCGGUGUUCUAAACGUGAUCGAGUAUUUGUCCUACACAACCAGAUGCACUGCACAGACAAUCGACUCCAUCCCCUGAUAUACAUGUAUUGCUACAGUAGAACCUCGAUAUAACAAAGGGCCAAGGGACAGGCAAAUUUGUUCGCUAUAACGAGGUUUCGUUAUAUCGUUUAAAUGUAUUUCUAUUACUUGGAGUAAUCAAAAUCGUUCGAUAGGAGGUUCGGAGGUUCGUCAUUAUCGAGGUUCCACUGUAGACUGCUUAUAAAGAUCGAAACGUUGCGAUCAAUAUCGCAGUCGUCCUGAGUAUAAAAUUUAAAGUACAAAAUUGUGACCGUGCUAGUUAGCUGAAAAUAAAUCUGAUCGAAAGAUCUUAGGGAUGACUGGACAGGAGUGUUGCAAAUCGUAGGAUCGAGAUACAUUAGUUAUCGUGUUUAUAUAAAUAUAAAUUCUGGUUGCUUUCAACAAUAAAUUUACCAAUAUCUUAUGGUAAGUACUUUCUUUUUUUAUACCUUUUCAUCCGCUUUGCUGACCUUGUGCACCCGGCCAUGUACGAACUUCAAGGAAUUCUGUAUUAGCUUUCUGUAUCGAAUACAAUAGGGGAAAGGUCAAGUUACGAGCAUGAUCGUCGAGCGCAGAUGGGGUCCAGUCUCCUCUCGGCGACUGCAUGAGUGUUACUUGAGACCGCGCGAGAAAAAACAAAGAUUUAGUGCGUCCGUGGGCUACAAUUCAAGCCUAACCUUUCUUGUAGUCAUGGAAUUCAACUGUGAGGGGCAAAAUUAAUAGCCUGUGAGCAAGCUCUCCGGGGCGCUGUGGCGGCGUGGCGGGAAAAGGAAGGAGAGCUUGUAAUUGCAACUUUAACAGCCUGUGAAAACAUCCUUUUCUCCUCGCUCUUCGUCGCUGGAGACGUUUCGCUCGGCGAAGAGCGAGGAGAAACGGAUGUUUUCGCAGGCUAAUUGCAACUACGUCACUGGAAUUGGAACUCCACCUCCCUUGUGGCUCCCCGUGGACUGAGCUGUCAGAUUUGUCCCAGUCUCAGUUUCCCGCCCCGCCGCCAGAGCGCCCCAGAGAGCUUGCUCGCUGGAGUACAGAAUUAACUGCAGUGGAGGGGCUGGAAAUCUCCUGUACGGUCUAUACAGGACAAGUUUCUUGAAGAAUCGUCCCCCGGCAAUGUAAGGGAAUCCAAGAAAGUCUUGGGUUCUGAAUGCCACGCGGUGGAUUCCGGAUCACAGGUACUGGAUUCCGGAAUUUUUGUUGGUGGAACAUGGAUUCCAGACUCCAAUCGUUAGUAGGAUCCGGAUUCCUUCAGCUGUAGUCCGGAUUCCAAAGCCCAGGAUGCUGGAUUCCACAAGAAAAAUUUGCUGGAUUCCGGAAUCCAAAUUCCCUUACAUGGGGCGAUUCUUGUCUUACGGCCAAAAAAUAUUAAUUAAGACAACUUCCCUAGCACGCACCGCAGGCGAAUUUAUUGUGAGGGCGAACGAGCGGCAAGCGUUCUGUAUUUUUCGACUGUAGCCGCCAUCUUUAAUUUUGAACGCUCAAGAAAAUUUGGGAGCCUCUCUCUCUCCACCACAACCUUAGCGCAUUCUAGUUCCCCCUUCCCCCUUCCCCACCCCCCCCUAAAAAAAACAAAAGCUUCCCGAGUGCCGAGCCGCAAUCCACGAGUAGUACAGUGGACUCUCUAUCAUAGUAACUAUACGACCCUGAGGAAGAUAUAAGAGGGUUUACCAUCACUCGUCGCGGUCUCUUCUAGGGCAUGGCCAAACAGCAAGAAAUAGAAUCAAUAUACAACAGCGGAAAGUCGUUUUACAGAUUUAAAGCGGGUGGCGAUGUGCACCGAAUCUUGUUUCGCCAUUCGCCCUUGUGUCAGCAGAACACCAAGCAACCAAUUUCAACAAUAAGAGUGAGGAGAAGACCUUUAUUUAGAUCAGGGUCAGAAGUACAGGCACUUCAAAGGUAAGGAAUAGCAAGAAUCCUUCAUAUGACUGUAAAUAAAUAUUGUUCAUCUGCGACGCUAGUCCAUAAGCAAACAUCCACGAACGCGCGACAUUCACGAACGCGUUAAACCGUGGAAGACAUCACCUUUAAACCAUAGUAAAAGAGACCAACAAUUAGUUUCGCCUUAGAUUUCUGAUUAACCGUAAAAAAAAUUUCAUCAUAAUAUAUAAAAAGGGUCUUGAUGAAAUUCUCUGCGUCAAAAAGAGGAAAUUAAAGAGAAUGAUGCAUGCUGAUAUUAGGGUUAAAGGGUUCACUCGAUAAGCCCGUAUAUCAGGCACAUGGGAAAUGUGGGCCUCAAGAUAAGCAUUGUGAUUGGUGGAGGCUAGGACUCCUCGCGAUCGUCCGUCCUCGUUCCUUGCGGCCACCCCUCUUAUUUGCGCCUAUAUAAUAAUGUGCAAAACACAGUGGAAUCACGUUGAUCAGGACAAAGGGACUGAGUCGAGUGUCCCCAUUACAGAAGUCGGUGUUUAUGACUUUCAUUGUCUUUGAGACAAAAAAAAAACCCGUCGGUAAAGAUAAUAUAAUAACUGUGAGGUGCUUGUUUCGUUGGCAAGUUGAGGCUAAACUGUAUCCACUGAGACCACAAAUUUCUGUUUCCCGUCGUAUAAAUGAUGAUUUGAUACAGUAUACGCCUGAGAGCGACUUUUCCAAUCACUUUUAUGGAAUUUAUUACCUUAUAUUAUUCACCCUUUGUUUCUUAUAGACCACUGGAGUUGCCUGUCCCCUUGGAGCCUCAAUCACCCCUCACCACGGGUACCGCACCAAACCGCGGCGUCCCACCUCAAUGGACAGAGGUCCCUGAAGACCAGGAGUAUAAUCGAGUACCCCUCCAUGAAAGCUCCCACCAGUACAAACUGGCUGAGAGUCUGUUUAGGCUAACCAUGUCAGAGAACAAGGCAAUUAUUGUCGCCAUUGAACGAGUCCAGAACACAUUUCUGUGGGAUAAGUAUUCGAGGUACUAUAUGCUCAUUUUGUGUAAUUGUGUUUCAUUUUCAAAUCCGUAAAUAACAUUGCUUUAUGCUCUAAGCGUUUCAUUAUUGGCCCGGCAAAAGGUAGAUCAUGGUACAUAUUUGACUGUUUGUUUGUUUGUUUGUUUUUACUCUGCUGCUUUUCCUACACUGUCCCCUUAUGUAAGGGAAUCCAGAAUACGGAAUCCGGAAAUCUUUGCUCGUGGAAUCCGGAAUCCACGACGUGGAAUCCAGAAUCCAAGACCGUCUUGGAUCCCAUUACAUGGGGCGUCAGACUACUGGAGUAACGUGGCUAACAUGCACAAAGCAUUUUAGUAUUGGCCUGGUAAAACGGGCAAGUUAUACCUUGAUUUCUUUUGUAACGGCACUGUAAUUUUCAGGGAGUUAUAAUAACUCCUCUAGUGGGGCUAAUUUAACUCCUUACAGUGGAGUUAUUUUUCGUGGAGUUAUUUUAACUCCAAAAAGGAGUUUAAAGAACUCUUUUUCAGGAGUAAAAGUGACCCCAGAUAUUGAGGAGUUAAAAUAACCCCAAAAAAGGAGUUAUCCUGUACCUAAAAUUUUUACUCCACUUUCAGAGUUAAAUUAACUCCAAAAAGAGUAAAAACAACCCCUGUAAGGAGUACAAGUAACCCCAUUUCGGAGUAAUUUUAACUCCAAGACUGGGAGUAAAAAGAACUCAGUCUUUUUCAGGAGUAAAAAUGACCCCAAAUUCGGAGUUAAAUUAGGAGUUAAAAUAACUCCAAAAAAGGGGUUAUCCUGUACCUAAAAUUUUUACUCCAUUUUUGGAGUUAUAAUAACUCCCUAAAAAUUACGGUGGGUUAUAUGUAUUUUUGAAAUAUUCAAUGUAAACAGCGUAAGCUCUCUAAAUGAGCCCUUUAGGCUCUUAGAGCAAAUUGUACUAAUUAAUAUUGUUUAUAAAAAAAAAAGAAUAAAAUAAGAGAUGUGCUUUGCUCUGAUGCUUUUCCUGCUCUGCUUUCUUUAAAAAAGGAGAAGUGCCCUGAACUACCAUGAGUCUGUCUCAAGGAUCUGUCCAUUCUAUUGCAGGAAAAAAGAAAAGUUAGAGAAACGAUUCCGAACCAAAGACAUCCCAGUAAAUGAAAAGCUUCUUUUUCAUGGAACCGACCACCAACUUGUUGACACCAUUUGCGAGGAGAACAUCGACUGGCGAGCCAUGGAUGAGAAUCGAGCAUCCUCCUUCGGACAAGGCGCCUACUUCACGGCAGAAGCAAGCCUUAGCAAUCUCUACUGUCAGCAGGACUCUGAUGCCGUGCGGUACAUGUUUCUGGCCGAGGUACUGGUGGGGUCGUUUGCUAAAGGUGAGCCGUCGAUGAAGCGACCCCCGUACAAGGAGGAUUCCACGUCCAAGGAAGAGCGUCACGAUUCCUGUGUGGACAAUGUAGAUAAGCCCACUAUAUAUGUGCUCUUUGACCCGGAUCAGUAUUACCCGACUUUUUUGAUCAAGUACAAAAUGAAAUCAAAGGUAGUGUGCUGAGAAACUGGUAUGCAACAUUAGCGCAAAACUGAUGAGUAAUACACCUAUUUCAAUAAAGUUUGCUUUGGGAUUUGGUCGUGGAAACACAGAAUACAAUGCAAUGCUUUGCUUGAGUGAACACCAAACAAUGGCUUUCAAAGACAAAAGCACGAUUCCCAAAGCAACCUUUAUUGAAAUGGGUGUGUACAGUACAACAAAUUGAUUACCGAGAGGUUUGAAAAAUCGAAGGUAAAAUUAAGUGUUUGACUGGUGAAGGGAAGUUAGGUUUUUAUAGUUCGAGUUAUCGGCACCUCUUUAAAAGGAGAAGGUUCGAGAAAUCGGGAGUAGAUCCUUUUAAAAAUGGUGGUCACGUGGUUCACGUGAUUUUGAGAUAAAAAGAUAUGAGAUAAGGUUGAUGAACCUAACCGCCCAUCCUAGUUUAAAAAACCCCUUUGUGUAGUGUGCUUGAUGGUAGGAAAAAGUAGGAAAGAAAAUUAUUACGGUAGAAGGAAUUUUCUUCUAACUACAAGUGCUAUAAAUGUGACUUAAAUAGCCUCUACUAGGUUGAAAGGCUGAAGGUUGCAAUUAGAGAGAAAAAUAAUCUUAUAUUUAGGGGCACUAAAUAUUGCUUAACACUGUUAGCGUCAUGGUAUUGCUAAUGGUUGCCAGGUGAAGCUCCAAAAGUGGUUUCGUGUGACACCUUCUAAGCUUAGCGCAAAUAAGCGACCCCCUUAUUUUAAGCCUGCUCUUAAAGGUUUUUCGCCUGAACACUAUUUGAUUAGUGGUCAUGAAAGUCACAGUUGUUAAAGCUCCCAAUAUUUUUUUUUCUGUCUUGUUCAAAUGACUUAUGGUAGUGCACGAGUCACUAUUUUGUCGGACAACAGAAAUACGUGGUCGCUUAAGGACAAAUCAUGCCCCUUUGACGCAAAUUAAACAUUUUAGGUUGGGAUUUGCAGGUAGGCUGAUGACUUCAAUAUAUCUCUGUAACAAGGUUAAUUAGUUGGUACAACAUUUCGCAUGUGCUCAAGGUAUAUUUUAUCCUUGUGCAAAGAUUUCGUCUAGUCAUCAUGUCCGACCACAGUUCAGAGCCAAUUUUAGUCAGUCAUUGCCCGAUGACCAACUUUUUAUUUGCGGUUGUUUGGUGUUCAGCUGUGUUCGUUGGCAAUAUAGAAUCGUCGUAUUUCGGAUCGUAUUGAUCUCCGAAUGAUCCGGUCAGUCGUAGUUGGCAUGAAUGCUGAUAUUACAGAAUAUCGGGUCAUUUAUGGAUCAAACCAUUAACUUUAAUGAACAGAACAAAAACACAAACAAACGAAAAAACAAAAAGAAAAAAAACAAAACAAAACAGGCAGCCGGAGGGUCUUUACAUUCCCGGUUCUGGCAUGUUGUAUUUAGUUGGAGACUUUUGGGUUCCUAACGUCCACUAUAGUGUCGUAAGUGGACUUCCUUGAUCUUCGGCGGACCGUCAGUAAGAGCCGGCGUAACAGCAGCUAAAAUAGCCCUCUCAAUUUUUUCUACGCUCGUGAAAAAAUUUUGGAAUGUAUCAACCAAUUGAGUUCAUUUAUAUAAUGUCGUUCCUACGAUAACGGUCGGCGUUUAGUGCUUACGUGGGUGAACCGGGGCUGACAGAACGGUUUUCUUUACUCAGGCUGAGAAACUUAAUCACCGAAGGGUCUUUGAGUCCCCGAUUAGUGAACCACUUGUGGUGCGCUAGAAGCUUUGACACACUAAUAAAGUUUUUGAUUGAUUUUGUUCUGAUUUGAGGGAACAUAACAAACAAACAAACAAACGAACAAACUAGCCUGACUAGCAAGCAAAAUACAGAUUGAACUUGGACGUCCUGGGAUCACUAAAGUUCAGUGUAUUUUAAAAUUUUGCCGUGUUCGCGAAUUAAGGUACGUUUUGAAUUCUCGUUCAAAAAUAGACAAGUGGCUGUUACGGCAGCGAAGGUGUACACUAAAAAUUGUUUUGUUCGUGCCGUUCUCAGUUUCAAGUUUACCGAGAGUUCAUUAAUAUUGUCUCGCUCGAGCACAAGAAGUCAGAGAUAUAUCGGAACUAACAGCAUAAUUAUGAACUGAAAUAUUUCUCGUUCUUUUGUGGAAUAGUAGGUAGCGGAACAUUACUGGUUGGAUCUAUUCCGUCGCGCCGCAGAUCAGAAAUAUGAUCUCGUACUGAUCCUGAACCGUUUAGGACCAGUGAGUUGUAAACAAAGUUCAGUAUUACGGAAGUUAUGAAUAAGUACAGUGCUUUCGUGUGUUCAAACCGUGGACCAGCAAAGUCAAAACAGCAGAGUGCGAAAGAAACUAUUACGAUCGAUCCACUUAAUAUUGGUGGGAGUUGGUAGGGAGUGUCCCCUCAUGCAUUCCGUUUGAAACCAGGAAACUGUUCUUUCUUUCGCUGAACCCCCUUCCCCACCCACUCGCCCCGCCUCUCUCCGUCAAUGCCUGGAGCAGCAUAGGUAAAGAAGAGUUUUUUAGUCAUUUUUAUUUAUGAUAUUUUGCUCUAAAUGGACAGAGAGGCAGGCGUGAUAUUGUGGUCAGUUCUUCAGGGGCACCCAACGGCAAUUUUCGGGAAAAUAUCUGUUCGGAAGACGAUUUGAGAUCUAGAAUUUUCGGAGCAUUUGUUGUAAAAUUUCUUGCUUGCCUGCCUCUCCUAGGAUUUUCGAACAUCUACAAAAUGGUAUAAUUACCCAUUUUUAACGGAUUUUGACCGUAAAAAAGGCCACCUAGAAUUUUCGGGAGCCUUUUCCUGGGUGAAAUUUUCGAGAAGGUAAGUUUUUCUCCCUAUAAUUUUCGGAUCACUAGACUUUCAGCUAGGAAAUCCGAACAGAUGGAAAGUUUUUAGGGGAUAAAAAUAUGCCUAUAUCUACCGUUUGAAUACUAAAAUACGUUCAACAAUGCUAUGUUAAGUGGUUUUGAACUAUAUCCUCGUUGGGUGCCCCUGGUUCUUGGAGUGACAGUUAAAGAUCUGGCCUUUUUCUCUUGUUUCCAUUGACAAGAAACCCUUCUUACGCUGUAAGUUGCGGAUACCAAAUCGCAAGCUCGUAGGCGUUAAUCAGAGAGGGAUUUCUCUGUAUACACUUACAAAAUAAAUGUGGGAAUUGUAGAAGCAAAUGCGCGAUAAUGAUAUUGUGCGGGUUUGUUAUUUAUCCCGUCGACUUCCAUGAAGAGCCGGGCAAAAAAAGGGGCUGGAAAACUUUUGGUCUCGAAGGUUACUAAACUACGUCAAAACUUUGAUUUGAUUUUGUUAAGGCUCAUUAAUAAAAUUGCGUCUUCGAAGUUGACUGUGUAGUUGAAGAGUUUGAAACCCUAAUGCAUGAUUCUUGAAGUUAUUACGCAAAAAAUAGAGCGGUUUUUAGGAGACUCCACUGGCCAAUCAACAGAGGCAAAGAAAAUCGAAUAAACCAAUUAGCACGCGAUAUGAGUCAAGUAACCGGCCACUGAGAGCGGGAAAGCACAAGCGAACGAGUCGCCGUUGGCUUUACUGAGCUUUAAUUGCUUCUGAUUGGCUGAGAAAGUGGCGCAAGAAUUCUUUAACCAGUCAUAAAGUUUGAUUGAAAGUGUUUUGACUUGCAACUGAAAACCGCACUAUUUCCGCAAGUUAAUCUGUUAGCUAUUUAUUGAGGGUUCAAAAAAAUGUUAAAUUAUUGUUAAUGUUAAGGAUAGAAUUCAUCGGAAUAAUUCUUUGGAAUACAUGAUACUGUUAUAAGCGUAGAAGCCCAG